AUGAAGUUUGACGACAGUGCUUCUCUCGCCCGGCAGGGACGGCUUGCUGUCUCGUACGAUGAGGAGGAGGCGACUUGGCGGAUCAGCAGCUUUCGGUCUUGUCCCAGCGUAAUUGUCUACACGGGUGAAUUCCUGCAUGGAAGGAGGAGCGGGACAGGACAGUGGACAGAAGCAGGUCGGGAGCGAGCAGGAGAGUGGGUGGACGGGAUGUUGAACGGAGCAGGCAUCGAGCGGAGCAAGGAAGGCACGACUGUCAUCGCAAACUUCCUGUGGGAUCGCGCGCAUGGAGCAGGAGUGAAGAUGAGCAGACGCAGAUGUGGUUGUGAAAGUCUUGAAGGAAACUUUGAAGAUGGUCAGCUCGUCGGGUUGUGUGUGGCAGGAGUGACGGACCUGGAAGAGCUGAACAUCUGCAGGACUCCAGGGCUGAUGGUCAGCAACGGCGAAAGUUUGAGGUUGAGCCGCGACAACUGUGGAGAGGAGGAGCUGAGAAGAGCUGUGAUGGCGAGAACUGAGCGAGUGGUGAAGAAGGCAAGAGAGCGAGAGAAGGAGGCGAAGAGGCUGGCGUACCUCGUGAAGACGAUCAACAAGCUGCAGAGAAACUUCGAGAAGAAGCUCCAAGACGGCCCUCACCUCGUCUGCCUCCGCUCACGACGAGAGUCGAUAGUCAUCAAGAACUUCUGGAUCCGCUACUUGACUGAGGACUCCGCCGCCCAUCCCUCCCACCUCGCCAGCUCUCGCCGCAGAUUUCUUCACGCGCUCCGACCUUGUCCGGGGGGCUGCCCAGACUCAACCGACGGCGCGGAGAGCGACAGCCACGCGAGUUUGACAACCAAGUUGCUGCGGUUGGAUUUGACACCUGGAUAUGUUGAUUUCUCAGCUUCUAGGUGGCACAAGAACGUUUUUAUGCGGCAGCUGCGAGAGGCGUUGACGUCGAAGCUUGUUCUCGUCGACUCUCUCGAGGUCGUUGAGCUGGUGAAGCUCCGCGGCGUUGUCUGCGUCUUCGUCCUCCUCUCCGUCGAGGCUGGCGACGCCUUCACCCCCCGCGUCCUCCUCCUCCACCUCAGGUCCACCUUCGAGCUCCACGGCUGCAGAGUCCUCGACCUCGUUGAACUUCCAGCCUCUUCCCUCGCGCCCUACCGCCAAAGACUUGCAGAGGUGCAGGAGGAGAUGAUGGAAACUCUUGCACAUGCUCGGGGUGAGCAGGUGAAGGAGGGAGCGGAGGUGAAGGAGGUGCGCGGACGUGUACAGGAGGAGGAGAGGAGGAAAUCACCAGAGCAACAGCGUCACAACACGGAGGUCAAGAGCAAGAGAGCCAUUUGCAAUCCUCUGAUUGCUACAUGGCGAAGAGGGAUACGGGAAGGAGGAGGGGGAGGAGGAGGGAAGCGAGUCAUGUUGGGGCUGAGCUUCAGCGACAUCUCUUUGAGCAGCAUUGCGACGGAUCAGACGGAGAGAGACGCGACGUUUGACCUCUCAGUGUCUGAGCGAAGUUGCGGGUCGAUGGAAGACAUCACCAACAAGCGAGACCGAUGUGACUUUCCUUCUCCUUCCUUCCCUUCUCUUCCUUGA